AUGGCGAAGCUGGACAAUUUUCUGCAAGCCUUGAAAGGAUUCAUCGUCUGCUCUGUUCCGGAAGUUUCCACAGAAGUCUCGCAUGUUUGUCUCUACUAUUCCACGGUGUCUAUUCUGGGAGCCGUGGCAAUCUUCUACGAAGUACAUGAAUACCUAGCUGAGAACCUAGACAAUAGCGUGGUCAAGGCUACAGCAAGAGCUGAUGAGAGAGGUAAAUUUCAUGUUCUUCAAUAA